CAGAGUCAGUCAUACUAAGAGCUGACAUGCUUACGUCGACAUUACCUUGUUUGCGUGGGGUAGCAACCAGCACAUAGAAUGUCAUGUUGCUUGCUUCCAGGCAAGGGACGUGGCUAGCUAUCUGGCUAGCUAGCCUAGCUUGGUUUAAAUGUAUAUUAGCCAUACGGGCAGGAAUGUUUAACUAUAGCUAGCCUGAGUGCCACAGUCCAAUUCAGUAAUCGGAACAAUAGGGCAACACAAUUAAUCAUUUAGCAGACGCUCUUAUCCAGAGCGACUCGAGAAACAAUGCAUGUUAUGGUCCAAGGAGACAGCUCAAGAGCAAAGAUGAGAGCAACAUUUUUGUGAGGGAUAGGAGGUUUCCAGUAAUGUGCCAUGGGGUACGACGUCACCAGGUUUCAAGGGGAGGUGGAUGAAGACCUGCUGUGUCCCAUCUGUAGUGGAGUUCUUGAGGAGCCAGUGCAGGCCCCUCACUGUGAGCAUGCCUUCUGCAAUGCCUGUAUCACUCAGUGGUUUGCCCAGCAGCAGAUCUGCCCUGUGGAUCGCACUGUGGUGACACUUGCUCACCUCCGACCAGUUCCUCGCAUCAUGCGCAACAUGCUGUCCAAGCUCCAGAUUGGGUGUGACAACACAGGAUUCGGCUGUACAGCCACACUGCGGCUCGACCAGCUGCAGUCCCACCUGAAGGACUGUGAGCACAAUCCCAAAAGGCCUGUCAACUGUGAGGAAGGCUGUGGACUUGAGAUGCCGAAAGACGAGAUGCCAAAUCACAAUUGCAUCAAGCACUUGCGUAGCGUGGUGCAGCAGCAGCACACCAAGAUCUCUGAACUGGAGAAGACUGCUGCAGAGCACAAGCACCAGCUAGGGGAACAAAAGCGUGACAUCCAGCUGCUGAAAGCAUACAUGCGAGCAAUCCGCAGUGCAAAUCCCAAUCUGCAAAACUUGGAAGAGAGCAUAGAGUACAAUGAGAUUCUCGAGUGGGUGAACUCGAUGCAGCCUGCAAGAGUGACACGCUGGGGUGGGAUGAUCUCCACCCCGGAUGCUGUUCUACAGGCGGUCAUCAAACGAUCCCUCAUCGACAGUGGCUGUCCUUUGUCCAUUGUCAACGACCUGAUUGAGAAUGCCCACGAGCGCAACUGGCCGCAGGGUCUGGCCACACUGGAGACGCGACAGAUGAACCGGCGCUACUACGAGAACUACGUGGCCAAGCGUAUACCAGGGAAGCAGGCAGUGGUGGUGAUGGCCUGUGAGAACCAACACAUGGGAGAGGACAUGAUUCUGGAGCCUGGUCUGGUCAUGAUCUUUGCCCAUGGAGUAGAGGAGAUCUUGUAACUACAGUUAUUAGGAGGGUCCACCGUGACAAAGGACUAUGAAUGCUUUUGUUCAGGGACAAUGAAGUGUGACACCUUAAAAAUAUAUAUGUAGAAUGUUUCUCUCACUAUUUUACAGUGACAGCUAACAUGCAAAUUCUUGUCUCUACAUAUGAAGGAGCAUAAAAGAACCCUAAAAUGAGAUCACAAGAGCUUGACAUUUUUGCCUUAAUGGGACAUUUACAAGAAAGAACCUGAACUGUCAUGAUAACAUAAGUAUAAAUGUAAUCUUAUUUACAUUCCAUUUGCUGAUUCUUGGUCUCCCUGUUUGGUGUCCUCUAUUGUGUAAACUCUUGUAAAAACAAAUACUAUAUUGAAUAUAAAUAUUAUGUUGCUAUUCAGACUGUAAAUAUAUUUACUUGGUUAUGGCCAGGAGUCAGAACAGUGGUAUUUUAUGCUGCAGUAAAUUGUUUCUUGUAAAAAAAGAUUACAUGUUGAGGCAGUGCUUAUCAUUUAGAUUGCCAUUGUGUGCCAUGUUAUUUAUUUUUAAUGUGACACCUUGCUUGAAGAUACUUCUAGAUUUAAAUAGAUGGCAAUUGAAUUAAUUGAGAAAGAUUGUUACUGGUUUUGCUUACAAGUUUUCUUUAUCUUCAGUUGUAUAUAGUAAACAUGAAGUUGGGUCCAAUUAAACUGUUCAAAUUGAAGUUGAAUAUUUUGAAUUUAUAUGUGUCAUUUCACAAAUAAUGGUUGACGUGAUUAGAUGCACAAAGAUUCUUACUAUGUUAUUUGAUGAGAAAUGAAAUUCUGACAUGUUUCAUUACCAAAUAUUUGUGUCUGAGAGCUUUGAAUGCCUUUAAAGGAACAAUAUAUGAGGGACUGGCUCUAACUAAAAACAUGCAGGGCGAUACCAAUAAGUUCAUUAGAGCCUGACUGAUAUGCUGAGAUGCAUGUGAAAAAUGUUGUCUUCCACAAAGAUCUCUCUACACAUUGGCUUAUUGAGAGAAGGAUGGAAGAUGUGCUCCACCGUUAGGCCUAUGCAUUACUCGAUUGUUGACAUACAGAAACAUUGUUGCUAAAAUUGAACAUUGGAAAUCGAGAUAUAUUUGGAUUGUAAAUCUUUAUGCAUUGUAUACGUUUUCAGUCUCAUAAAUGGUUUUGUUUUCAGUCAA